GGUGUGUCGUUGACUUCUGACAGGACUGAGAAUUCGUUAAUUUUGUCAAGAAAAACGGAAAAAAGAGUUUAAAGAAAAGGGCCGAAAAUGUCAAAGAAACAAAUCUACUACUCUGACAAAUAUACGGACGAUGAAUUUGAAUACCGGCACGUGGUACUUCCCGAGCACCUGUCCAAGCUCUGUCCCACGUCGCACCUGAUGUCGGAGCAGGAGUGGAGGAACCUGGGGGUGCAGCAGAGCCAGGGCUGGAUCCACUAUAUGAUCCACAAGCCGGAGCCUCACGUGCUCCUGUUCCGACGGCCUCUUCCCAAAGAGUGAGGAGCAAGGAGAUCCCAGGGAGAACUGCACACACCCACAAACAGGCCAUAUGUGGAUGUCUGACACAGGCAAUUCCCUUUGUUUAAUGACUGGGUUUUAGUCAUCAUUCCCUAAUGAACCCAACACUCCUGGAUGUAAAGAGCAUGACUAUAUACCCAAGGGCCACGCAAGCAGAUGCACCCUCCCAAAUAAGUAUUAUGGGUAAGUUAUGGGUUAGAUGCAUUGUAUAACAUGGCAGAAAAAUGUGGUGCAAAUGGAACAUAUCCCCAAGACUGCUCAGAUGGAUUUUGUUGACUCAGUUUACAAAUAUUGAGUAUUUACUAAUUGAAGGGGUUUGUCUGAGAGUGUAAAAUGUUCAAAAGAAAUGG